AUGACACUGUUGGUACUGGAUGCUUCACCCACAAUGCCACCUGAUAAUUAUCCCACAACAUCAUUCUUAAUACUUCCGCAACGCUACCACCAUUAUCACAGAAUUUUCUUAAACAACGUGUACUUCUGGACUUGUAUGAAAAAUGUUAGAGAACCAAAAAUUAAAACAUCACUUGAAUACGGCAUAAUCGACCUUAAUGACGGCAUUAUUUUGGAAGCUUUAGGUCAAUCAGUAAUAUUGCAUUUUGAAGUGAAGAUGCAAGAAUAUAAGCCCAAAAAAUCUUUAUCUGUAGAAGUUAUGAAAACCUUGAAAAUAUUUAAUGUUACAUCUUUGGAAGACCUUGAAAGAGCACUCACCAAAGUCAAAAUUGAGUAUAAUAAUUUAGAUCAUGAUAUUGUCUAUUUGCGUUGCCUUUUCGAAAAAUUUGGUGAAGUAGAAAGCUUCGUGCAAAAACUUAUUGACAAAAAAUCAAGAAAAAAGAAGAAAUAUGAUGGAAUUUUAUUUUUUAGCAGACAAUUUGAGUUCAUUUUUAUAGAGACGGCAACAACUUCUAUACUCUCAAAGUCAGAUAAAGAUCUAUUGAAGUUACAUAAUGCUAUCGUUCUCAUGUUUAAGCAUAUGGUAUCUACUUUACCAGAAAAAUUAUUACAUGAAAUAUCAUCAUGCCAAGCAAGCAUUAAAGUUUAUUUAGCUAGCUGGCUAACAAACAUGCGACCAGUAGUUUUUUCAAUUAUGGAUUUUGAAAUAGCAGAAGAAAUAACAACAUUUCUAAAAAUGACAAAGGUUGCCGCAAAAAUGCUAUCAUUACGACCUUUCAUUCAAGAUUUACAUAAAAGAUAUCAAAUACUGUUAAUGAAGAAGGCUGAUUAUUAUUUGGAUGAUGAAAACACCUGGACAUCACCACUAAGAAUGAAGGCUUAUCAUUAA